AUGACGCCUACUUUCCUGACUCUCCCUCCAGAGGUUCGCGUGAUCAUAUAUGGGUAUCUCCUAGUCAAUUUCAAUACUCGUCUAAAUCCUUACCUACCAUACGCCCCAUUCGAGACUAGGCUGCACAAGACGUACUAUCGCGGAGGCAAAGAAAUCAGAACAGUCACUAUUGACGAACAAAGGUCGCCUUGA